CUAAUUAGUCUGUGUAGAAAAAUGCCACAACUUGGGAGUCGCCAUGGGUCAUAAUUUUCCAAUUUCAUCUUCCCAAAUCGCCAUCUUCUUCCUUCUUUCAUUUUUUGCAAUCACCUUGGUCUCAGGGGAGAGUUUUGAAUAUGCAAGAACCCUUGACAGAAAGCUCUACGGCCUUAAGAAAGAGAAGCUGAGUCAUUUUCGCCUCUUCUGGCACGACAUCUACAGCGGCAAGAAUCCUAGCGCCAUGAAAGUGGUUUCAUCACCGAUGAAUUCUUCAACCCUUUUCGGCGCAAUAAGCAUGAUCGAUGAUCCCUUAACAGAAGGGCCAGAAUUGAGCUCCAAAUUGGUGGGGAAGGCUCAAGGGAUGUAUGCAUCAGCUGCACAAGAAGAAGUCGGCUUAUUGAUGAUUAUGAAUUUUGCUUUUACGCAAGGAAAAUAUAACGGUAGCACUAUCACAAUUCUAGGGAGGAACAAGGUGUUUUCCGAUCUCCGAGAGAUGCCGGUGAUUGGAGGCAGUGGACUUUUCCGAUAUGCUAGAGGCUAUGUUCAUGCUAGCACUCACAAACUUGAUUUGGCCACCGGAGAUGCAGUGGUUGAGUACAAUAUUUAUGUGUUACAUUAUUGAUUAAUAACAUAAUUGAUUGAAGCUAGCACUUAGCUUCAAUUGCUUAAAUUAAUUUUGUAUUAUGGUUUAGGUUCCUUUUUAUUGAUAUUUAUAAGAUAAGCUAUUUAAGUAGCCCUUUUAAUAAAAAUAAUUUUAUUUGUCUUA